UGAAGGAUUAGUGUUAAGAUUGCAUGUGCUUUGUCGCAGGGCUUUUCUCUGAGAUCUGUCUUCUUCAAGUGGAAUCCAUGGCCAGCACAAGUAAUGUGACUACGUUGAUUUUCACCGGCCUUUUCCAGGAUCCAGCGGUGCAGAGAGUGUGCUUUGUGGCGUUUCUCCCCGUGUACCUGGCCACAGUGGUGGGCAAUGGCCUCAUCGUUCUGACGGUCAGUAUGAGCAAGAGUCUGGAUUCCCCCAUGUACUUCUUCCUUAGCUACCUGUCCUUGGUGGAGAUCAGUUACUCCUCCACUGUUGCCCCUAAAUUCAUCACAGACUUACUUGCCAAGAUUAAAACCAUCUCUCUGGAAGGUUGUCUGGCUCAGAUAUUCUUCUUCCACUUCUUUGGGGUUGCUGAGAUCCUUUUGCUUGUGGUGAUGGCCUAUGAUCGCUAUGUGGCCAUCUGCAAGCCUCUUCAUUAUAUGAACAUUAUCAGUCGUCAACUGUGUCACUUUCUGGUGGCCGGUUCCUGGCUGGGGGGCUUUUGUCACUCUGUAAUUCAGAUUCUCGUCAUCAUCCAAUUGCCCUUCUGUGGUCCUAAUGUGAUUGACCACUAUUUCUGUGACCUGCAGCCUUUAUUCAAGCUUGCCUGCACCGACACCUUCAUGGAGGGGGUUAUUGUGUUUGCCAACAGUGGAUUAUUCUCUGUCUUCUCCUUCCUCAUCUUGGUGUCCUCUUAUAUUGUCAUUCUGGUCAACUUGAGGAACCAUUCUGCGGAGGGGAGGCACAAAGCCCUCUCCACCUGUGCUUCCCACAUCACAGUGGUCAUCUUGUUUUUUGGACCCGCCAUCUUCCUCUACAUGAGACCCUCUUCCACUUUCACUGAAGAUAAACUUGUGGCUGUAUUCUACACGGUCAUCACCCCCAUGCUGAACCCCAUCAUUUACACACUCAGGAAUGCAGAGGUGAAAAUCGCCAUAAGAAGAUUGUGGAGCAAAAAGGAGAACUCAAGGAAGGAGUGAAAAAGAGCUUAGGGAUGAAAAGUGAUACAAAAUAUAUGUCUGAUUACUCU